AAAGCAGACAUCUUUUAGAGAGAGGAGGAGAUGGUCGUUCUCGUUCAGAAUGUGCAUAGCAGUGUUUCUGUGGCAAUCGCAUCCGCUUUACCCUUUUCUUCUCUUUCUCAAUAGAGAUGAAGAUCACAACAGGCCGACGGAGGCGCUGCGUUGGUGGGAAGACGGAGACACGGUGGGAGGAAGAGACCUGGUUGGCGGCGGGACGUGGCUAGGCUGCACGAGGCAUGGCCGUCUCGCUUUCCUCACUAAUUUCAGGGAAGCCUCCUCCAUCCCUGAUGCUAAAUCCCGUGGAGAUCUGCCUCUUCGUUACUUGCAGAGCCGAAAGAGUCCGGCCCAGUUUGCCGAGGAGAUCCUAGACGAAACUUCUCUGUACAAUGGCUUCAACCUUGUAGUCGCUCAUGUCUUGUCCAAAUCCAUGAUUUACAUUACCAACCGUCCACGCCACGGUGACAAGCUCGUGACGCAAGUCUCUCCGGGGAUCCAUGUCCUUUCCAAUGCCAACCUCGACUCUCCUUGGCCCAAGUGUGUGAGGCUGAGAGAGGGUUUCGAACAGCUUCUGGCUGAGAGCGGGGGAGGUGAAUUCCCGGUGAAGACGAUGGUGGAGGAGAUGAUGACCAAUACUGUCAAGGAUGAAGACACCGAGCUGCCUCACGUUUUUACACCAGAGACGGAAUACCAUCUCAGCUCCAUCUUCGUCGAUAUGCAGAGAGAAACUGGGCGUUAUGGGACCAGAAGCAUCUCGACGAUCAGCAUCAAGUCCCAUGGUGAGGUAUGUUUCUACGAGAGGCAUCGUGAAGAAGGUGAUUCAUGGAAGGAACACACUCAACAGUUUGUAAUAAACCAAAACGAGAGUUUUUGAUUAGCUAGUCUGGCCAAGCUUAUGUCAAAUGUAACAUUGAGUACCCAAAACUCUCACAUACAUAUUGGGUAUGUAACACACAAAACAGAAACAAAGCUCAUCUCUUUUAUUCCAA